AUGCUUCAGCAGGGCUGUUUAUUGCCCAACGAUAGGCCGAUGCAAGUAAACAUCGUUUUCAACCCACCAGAAGAGUUCCACCUGGCUAACCUACCAAUCAUUAAAUGUCACGUGAUAGAAGCAGUAAUCGGCGAAACCAUCGCUGCAAUUCCGAUCAAGGUUUCAGCUCGAUCAGUGUUUUCUCAAUAUGUGAUCACGCCUUCCAAAGAUGUCGAUUUCGGCCCAGUUCCGUAUGGAAAUCAUAAACGAAGCUUUGAAAUUGAAAAUCAUCGAGAAUUUGAUUUCAAGUUCGCUAUUUCGAAGCUGGUUAAACCUGGCUCUCCACCAAAGUCAGAGCGGCCGAAGAGAACCAAAGAUUCGCGCCAGAUCUUUGCUCAGUCGAGAAGACCUGGUCAACUGAUUAGAGAGCAGACGCAAGUAAUGAAACUCGCUCAUGGGCCUUUUAUUAUCUCACCUGGCUAUGGAAAUGUUCCUGUCGGAGAAUCAAUCGUCAUCAAUGUUGACUGCAAUGUAGAGGCAUCGAAGAAAUUCGAAGAAUUCAUCGCUAUUGAAAUCGCAGACAGAGAAGUCCGUAAAAGCCGGCAGGAAUCAACUAUAAAUUGA